UUCCUUAUGAGUUUUUGACUCCACCAUAUUUGUUUCCUUCAACUUGACUCGACAGUCCCUUUUGAAAUGCCCAAGCUUUCCACACUGGUAGCACUUGAACUUUUUCUUAUCCAUAGAAGAUCUUUCACUUCCAUCAUUGUGUCUUGAACCUCCAUCUUUGUUUUUCACCUUGAAGCUUUGUUGUCUCCGAGCUACAAAAGCGCUUCCCGAGUCAUCAUUGAUUUUGACUCCUGACAUUUGCAAGGCUAAUGACUCUUGCGAAGCUAGCAAAUUUUCAAACUCUUCCAAGGAAGGCUGUGUAGCCCAUCCUUGAACUGAAGUCACAAAUGGUGUAUACUCAGGCCGUAGACCUCGAAUGAUAGACCGCUUCAACCAUGCUUCAAAAAUUGACUCCUCCGGAUUUAGAGUAUUAAUCUCGGAGCAUAGGUUCUUUACCUUGAUAAAAAACUCUGAGAUUGAAGACUCCCCCUGCUUCGCAUUCGCAAGCUCAUUCUCCAAUAAUUGUAGCUUGGCCUCAUUCUUUUUGUUGAACAGUUGAUCUAAAGCUUGCCAAAUGGAAUUAGUGGAAGUACAUCUUGAGACAUGCUCAAAUAUGCUUGAAGAUAUGGAUUUCUUCAAAGCAAACUCUACCUUGGCACUCUUCCGUGUCCACUCUUUUGUCGCUUCCGGGGUUGCAGCAUUUCCCCUUGGUGGUGUUGUGCUAUUACCACCGACGGCAUCCCAUAAGUCCUCACUCACCAAGUAUGACUCCAUGCAUGACUUCCAUAACCGAUAGUUAGAUUGGUUUAAGAUUUCCAUUCCCAAUCCAACAACACGACCCAUUGAUUCCAUACUUAAAAUAAACCCAAGCUCUCUUUAAACCCCGAUCUUGAUGAGUAUAAGAUUAGAAUAGCUCAGAUACCAUGUAAGGAAACCACCCUUGAUAGUGCUUAGCACUAGCCCAAGACCGUAAUACCCAAGAACCCGAAAGAACUAAGAGAUUUUCUAAGUAAGAAGAAUAAUAUGGAAGAACUCUCAAAGAGAUUUAGAGAACUUUGAGUAGAACACUUUUUUUUUCUUUAAGAAAACUUUCUUGUUCAACUUCUUGUAUUAUUGUUACAAAUGAGAGAGGAGGAAGCUAUUUAUAGGCUCCAAAAGUACAAAAUAUCUUACAAACCUUAUCUUAAUCUCUAGAACUCUCUACCAUAAUAUCUAGAUUUUUUUCUACUAAUACUUAUCCAAAGGAGAUCUCUAGAACACUUGAAGAGGUGAUAAUCUUUUAUGAUUUUUCUAGAGAGAUUCUACAACCUUAACUUAACUUUGGGUUUAGCCAAAUAAGAUUAUUGGAACCCAUAAUUAAGGAUAGCCCAAAAUCAAGUUUAACUUCAAUAACAGAACCCUAUGUCACUAACUUUGUUUAUGCUUCUGAUGUUUGUCUUUCAAUUUGCUACUCUGGACUGGGAUUCCUCACUCCAUCUUACGUACAUGUGGAGUGUAUUGUAUCAUUGUUUUCUCUUUACAUACUUAUCUCUGUGGAAUGUCUUGUGUUGUUGACUUGGAUUAUGUUUUCAUUUUCUUUUUGUAUUUAUCUGCCGAGAUUCAUCCUGAUUUGAUGGUGCCUCCGAGUGCUCCUUACUCGCAGUACACUGUCGAUGACCUUCUCCGUCAGCCAGGCAGAGAAGAUUUAUCAGUCAUAGACUCCGAUCGACCGGACGGAACUUUGUGGUUUGGGGUUGACAUUUGUCUUGCAUCAGACGUAACCGACACGAUCAAAAUUCUUAAUUUUCAGGUUUGGGGUUACUUCUCCAUGCCAUAUCCGAACUGGAGAAAGACGCCGAUCUACGUCAGAAAGACGUGGUUCAAAAUUUACGCUCAAAAAUAUUAUUGGUCCAUGGAGGUCACUGAGAGGGUGAAGAAACAGUUUUACGCGGAGGCAAAAGUUCGCUUGUUGGACAUGGUCUCCAACUGGAAGUGUGACUGGAUCGUGAAGGGAUAUGAGUGUGGUAAACCCGCUGAGCUCACCACGGAUGUGUGGGAUGGCCUCAUCUGUUAUUGGCGGGAUCUUGAGUCCAUCAGAAUCGCCCAGUCUUGCUCUGCCUCCCGUAACACGGUAGAUGAGCAUGGUCAUGGGCCGAUGCUUCACUCUACGGGCCAAAAACCCCACGCCGGUGUCCGUUUGGAAAUAGCCAAAGAGACGGGACAACUCCCGUCUCUUAUGCAACUUUACGAGAGGACCCACAAGAAUAAGGCGGGCCAAUUUCUAGUUGGCAAGUUCGAGCAAAUCUUCAACGACUUGGUUGCUCAGGUUGACGACCGCCAGACCCAGCUGACCCAGCAGUCCACCGACGGAUUACCCGUCACCUUAUCCACAAAUGAAGUGGAUAAGAUUUACGAGGAGGUGGUCCCUAAGAAAAAGGGACGUACGUUGGGGAUUGGUUCCGUCAACGAUGUUCCGAGAGCGAAAUCGUCUUAUGCUCAGACACGGGAAGAUGAAGUCACUGCGCUGCAUAGAGAGUCCGAGCAGCUGCGUAGAGAGUCCGAGCAGCUGUGUAGAGAGUCCGCUCGGAUGCGUAAUGUGAUGGAAUCGAUGCGAUCUGCGUUCACAGCUCGUAUGGGUGGACUCGAGGGCUUCUUGGACGUUGUAGCGGCCACAAAUCCGGAAUGGGAGUCCUUGUUGAGGAACUUACGAUGACAAAAUCCCAUUCUAGGCGAGUCAUCAUCCGACACACAUCCCGAGGAGGAAUGAUGAAUUCUACCGGACUAUGAACGACCCUUAGUUUUUUUUCCGGUUGUUGAAUUAUAAAUUCAAAACUUAUUUUUAUAUAAAAUAUUUUGGUAUUGAUUUUUUUUAAAAAAAAUUAAUUUUAUUAAUAAAUUAAAUAAUUUUAAUUAUUUUUUUAAAUUAUAUU